AUGCCCGACCCCAUCGAGACCAUCCGGGCGUGCCUGGCCUCGCCCCUGCCCCCCGGCUACAGAAACCCCGGCCCGAGGGUCGAGCACCUGCUCGCCCCGCGGGAGGAUUUCGUGAGCACCCUGGUGGCCGAGGGCCUCCAGCUGCCCCAGGACGUUGUGGCUGGUCUGAUAGAGAUCGGGGCCGUGUACUGCUGCCCCGUACCGCCUGCCCUGCCUGGCUCCCUGGCCUGUGAGCCGUCCUCCGGGGCCCGCCAGGCAGCCCUGAAGCAGCACGGCAACGAUACCCGCCUGUCGACGCCUCGCCGUGCCUCCAGGACCAGCGUGGCGCCGGCCGGCGCCUACCUGCGCGUGCACGCCCAUGUCAAGCGCUUCCCCGCGGCCGAUUGCGCGGACUGGGCGGCGCGCCUGCUGGCCGUCACCGACGAGCAUGUCAUUGUCAACAAACCCUGCGGCGUCCCGGUCCCCAUCACCGUGGACAAUGCGCGCGAGAGUGUGGUUACCCAGGCAUCCCAGCCGCUGCACAUCAUCCACCGCCUCGACCGAUGCACCGAGGGCGUGGUGGUGCUGGGGCGCGGCGUGCAGGCCGUGCGCGCUUUCCACGAUGCACAGCACUCGGGGCGCGUGCAGAAGACCUACCGCCUGCUCUGCCACGGCUCCCAGCCCCCUCCCCUGGGCCUCCUGACGCACCACCUGGCGGUGGGCACACGCAUCCCUGGCUGCCCCAUCCACAGCGUGGCGCACGACGAGCCGCGCCCAGGCACCGCUGCCUGCUCGUUGAUUAUGGAAAGCGCGGAGUCGGCGCCGGCGCUGGAAAGCGUGCACGGCGGCCCCGUCAUUGACUGCGUGGUGCGACUGGUCACGGGGCGCACCCACCAGAUCAGGGCGCAGAUGGCGGCCGUUGGGCACCCGCUGGUGGGGGACACGCUGUAUGGGCCGCUGGCACGGCGCCCGGGUCAGGCACCCGUGGAGGUGGCCAUGGGGGACCUCCAGGAGCCGGAGCUGGCGAUUGGGCUGCAGGCUGCUCGCAUGGUGGUCAUGGCGGAGGACGGAGCGACGGUCCUGCACGACUGGCGAGCCCCCGAGCCAUGGUGGACCCAGGCCUCGUCCUGUGGUCCACAGCAUCUUGCUUCCAGCCUGCAAUGA